CAAUAAGUACGCAACUUCUAGACAUUAGAAACAAAUUAAUAUUGCGCAUACAUAGCUUACAGCAAGUAUAUGAUUAAAAUUUAUAUAUUUUAAGGGAUUUCUGUCUUGCGUGUACCUCAUCCUCAGUAGCAACAUUUACUCGCUGAUCACGUACAUUCAAAUCGUCUACUGGUUGGCUAUUGGGACAGCGAUCGCAGCACUCUUUCGACUUCGCUUCACGAUGCCCAAUGCUCCACGUCCCAUCAAGGUGAAUCUGAUUUUUCCAAUUGCAUUUUUCAUUGGUUGCGUUUUCCUGGUCAUCGUGCCGAUUAUCGCCGCCCCUGUCGACACACUGAUCGGCAUCGCGAUUAUGCUCACCAGCGUUCCCGUGUAUUUCGUCUUCGUCAGAUGGCACACUAAGCCAGCUUGGAUCAACGAUGGAUUGGACAAAUUUACGCUGUCCGUGCAGAAGUUGUUCCUCGUAGUUCCAGAGGAAAGGCACGAAGAGUAA